CCUCAAUCAGGCCAACCUGCGAAACCGGCUUGACAACGUUACUUUUCUGGUUUCCCCCGUCAGUUUCCUCUCGCUGGAGACUAGAGAGAGAUAUCUGCCAGUCGGCCCCGAGCAGAUUUGCCGGCGAAAGCACCGGUGAGUAAACACUCUCCAAUCGAGCUUCGAAGCAGCUUUGUGACCAUGGCUCCUCUCACGCUAGCUGUGGAUACUACAACGAAGACUGCUUCGGGCGGAAAAAUGCACAUCGCUCAUCUAGAAAGCCGCAGCAAGCCUUUCGCCUCGCUCAGUGCUAAAGGAGAAGAGGAGAAUCCAUUCGAUUUCUUGCGAACUGUAUUUGGUAGCUUCAGUAACCUUCUGUGGGUUCAAAUUGUUGAUGUAAAAGCUGAAUCAAUGGCGUGUUUUGUGAUGGAUUUUGACUACUGCCCUGUUGAAAAUAUUGCAGAGGGAGUAAUCGCUGGAGGUGCUGCUGGUGUUGUAGUUGAAACAGCAUUGUAUCCCAUUGAUACUAUCAAGACAAGGUUGCAGGCAGUUCGUGGUGGAGGACAAAUAGUCUGGAAGGGUCUUUACUCUGGCUUGGCUGGAAAUAUUGCUGGCGUCCUACCGGCUUCUGCUUUGUUUGUCGGAGUAUAUGAGCCAGCAAAACAGAAGUUAUUGAAAGCUUUUCCUGAAAAUCUUAGUGCUUUUGCUCAUCUAGUAAGAUCUGCGUUUUCAGCUCUUGCACAAGAUAUUUGAUUCGGCUUCUGCUUUGUAAUCUAUGUCACUUGUACUUUCAGUUGUGCAAGUUACUAUAUUAAGCAGACUGCAGGUGUCAUAGGAGGGCUUGCUGCUUCUUUUGUUCGUGUACCAACAGAGGUUGUUAAAACAAGGAUGCAAAUGGGGCAAUUUUCAUCUGCUCCCAAUGCUGUACGCCUCAUUGUCUCAAAGGAAGGAUUUAAGGGUCUCUAUGCGGGAUAUGGAUCAUUCUUAUUGCGUGAUCUGCCAUUUGAUGCUAUUCAGUUUUGCAUUUACGAGCAGCUUCGGAUUGGUUAUAAAAUAGCAGCACAAAGAGAUCUCAACGAUGCCGAGAAUGCUGUGAUUGGCGCUUUUGCUGGUGCUGUAACUGGAGCAGUGACUACUCCACUUGAUGUGAUUAAGACAAGACUAAUGAUUCAGGGAUCAGCCAACCAGUACAAAGGAGUGAUGGAUUGUGUUCAAACUGUCAUUAGGGAGGAAGGACCUGCUGCUCUUCUAAAGGGCAUAGGGCCGAGGGUGCUAUGGAUAGGAAUCGGAGGUUCGAUCUUUUUUGGUGUGUUGGAGAGCACAAAGAGGAAGCUUGCAGAGAGAUGACCACCGUCUUCAUCUCUUCCACAUCUGAACUCGAAGCAGGAUUAGGAGACUUCACUAUAUUUCAGAUUAGGUGUUCUUGACACACACAGGCGUGCAUCUUCAACUCUCGCUUGUGCUUUGCCGCGGUCUGAUGCUUUAGUUAAUGUAACGUGAAUCGACAUCUUGAUAACUUUGUUUUAGAGCGCAGUUUUUGUAUGAUGGUAACAUCAUUUGUUGAUUCCUGUUAAUCAGGAAAUAGAUGAGGGCAGCAAAAAGUAAAGGCGAUAGUCUCAAGUUCAGAUGACUUCUUGAUGCAUAUAGUUAAAAUAUAUAUCAUAUGAAAGUUAACAUC